AUGUAUGUGAAACCUCUCAUCUACCGGACUGUUUCUCUGAAAUGGGAGUCCGUCCCUUGGUGCGCGUCGUACGUACGACAUGUUAGCUUUUUCCCUGAGAAUUCCUCGAAAUGGAAGCCCAAUAGAGACAAGUCCGACCUGAAAGAUAUCCUGUGUCAAGCGGAAGCAUUCGUUAAAGAAGCCGAGUUUCCCAAUACAUCCAUGUGGGUCAAGGCUCUCCAUGACGAGGAUCUAUUUGCCUGUGUGGCUGUCUUAUCUCUCAGGCUGAAUUGGUCUUUCGUGCGGAGAUCAGGGUUUCCGGGGUUGAUGUUUUACCAUGCAUUAUCUUCAGCCCUGAGUGGGAUGGCCUCGGCAUUUGGUUCGCUCACGGUCGUUAACUACGGUAGCAAUGUGCCCACAGUUCUCGAAAAUAAUGAUGAGGCGUAUCCCAGCGCAUGGAUGCGCUGCAACGAGUACCAAUUUACGGCUUGGUUUUGUCUACUCAUUCUCCCCUUCUGCGAUAUCUUGAGUAACUUUCCAAACCUCAAAUCCGCAGAGAUACCGGCACUUUUGCUCUGCUGGGACCGGUGGCCAACAGAUUCAGUCGAUAUGGCUACAGCUCUGCCAUCUACGCUCCAGAACCUGUGCCUGCGACUGGACUGUGAAGAAGGCAGGUCAGCUAAAGCAUACGAGCAGAUGAUAAUAACCUUCGUAACAGACAAUGUGCGCAGGCUAAGAUCGCAUGCCCCGGAUCUGAACAGGAUCUGUUUGUGAAUUUUUUGGCCCUCUAAAUGUCACCGAGUGAAAGUGUGGAGAACGU